AUGGACGAUUCUUUUCUUGUUGAGGUAACGCACAGCGCAAGACAGUUGUAUUAUGGGCUCUCCUUUGUGGUAGAAAAAGCCAAAGACCACAGUGCAAAGAUUGGCGGCACUCCGGCCUUCAUGGCACCAGAACUGUACGGUAACGAAAAAAUUGACCCUUUCAAACUGGACGUCUACUCACUUGGUGCUGUCGUCUGGUGUAUGCUGUUUCGAGUGGAACCAAACUCCAUGACAGAAUACAAUUACCUGGAUGAGCUGAAUAUUUCCCCGGAUGUUCCUCACAUUUAUAGGUAUAUUUUGACGGCCAUGCUGCAACAGGAACCAAAGGCAAGGAUUGAUAUCAUCACCAUGCUGGAGAAAGUAAAAGAGAUGAACUUCCACGUGGAAUGGAUAAAUGCACUUUGA